AUGGUAUCUAAAUCGAACUCUAAUCGAUCUUCAAAGAAGUUUAUACCCGCAGUUUUGGCUCUUAUCGUCGUAUCUAGUUGGUUCUUGUCACCGAACACACCUCAUACACCCGACAUUCCUGGCUCUUUACUCUCGGGUGUCGAUUUUUUGGAUUAUAGUCACCUGUCCUCUCAUUGCGAAACCAUCUCUGCCAUAGGCAUUUCUGAGUAUACUGCGCGUCAAAUUGCACUUGCCGAAACACUGUAUGCUUUGAAUGCAUCGGCCUAUAUCGCGGAGCCUGGUGCCAAUACACACUUCUAUGGCAACUUCUCAAACUCCCAAUGGUAUCUUUCAGAAAGACCCCUCCUUUUGAUUAUUUCUCCUGAGAUUUCUGAAUCCAUGGAUGGUCAGAAAAUCCUACCACGAGUGACGGUCCUGACACCCAAGUUCGAAUCUGCUCGAGCUAGGAUGCUGCCUGUCCCCAGUCCCAACGGCACAGUGCACUAUGUUGAAUGGGCUGAGGAAGAAAACCCUUAUGCCGUUGUUUUGUCUGCGCUCCCUAUGUCUACAGCAGGGUCUUCGAAGUCACGGACGAUCUUUGUCGACAAUAGUAUCCGGAAAUUUAUAGUGGACGGUCUUCUCCGUGCUUCAGAACCACAAAGAAACUCCACGGUUCCAGCGGUGGAAGUUCUAUCAGCACCACUCGACAUAACUCAAAUGCGAGAACGCAAGUCUGAAGCUGAGCUCCAGAUUCUCAAGGGAAAGGGCCACACCUUUUCUACUUACCUUUUCGAGGUGUCGCAUGCCACGUUGCUCGCUAUUCGGGAGGUACACAAAAAUCUGUACCCUGGGAUCCGGGAAUCCCAAGCCCGGAGCAUGAUGGCGACUGCCCUCGGCGCCGCAGGACUGAAAGACGGCGGAUGCCUCACACUAUUUGGAGAAAACGCAGCUUUACCUCAUGGAAGUGGGACUGAUCGAACUUUGUCCAAGUCGGAUUUUGCAUUAUUUGACUGUACGGCCUCGUUACAUGGGUACUAUAGCGAUGUCACUCGGACGGUGGCGCUUGCCUCGGCAGGCAUUUCGUCAGAACAACUCAACAUUUGGCGGAUGGUGCAGUCAGCUCAAAGCAUUGCAUUGGCCGUGGCUUUUGAUGGAACAGUGACAUCUACUGUGGACGCAGCCGCCCGAGCGAUACUGGAGUUAGGAGGAUACAGGCAAUAUUUCACUCACAGACUGGGCCAUGGCAUUGGUCUGGAGGUCCAUGAACCUCCUUAUCUGAGAGGGGGCAGCAAUGAUAUCAUUCGGACAGGACACACUUUUUCGGACGAGCCUGGAAUUUACAUAGAAGGCAAGGUGGGGGUGCGUCUGGAGGACUGUUUCUACAUCAACGAGCAUGGAUUUGGGGUAUACCUCACCGAAGGGGUUGGGGGACAAAGCAAAGAUCCAUGGAAUCCAUAA